CUUGUCGUCUUGUGAUGCACCUGAAUUUCCUGGGAAAUUUCUCUCCUGAUGAGUAGAAAAGUAGAACCAUGCGAUGCUUUAUGCUUACAUAUGUACUGCUCAGAUUGCUCAACUUUCCUAAGCAAAUUAAUCUAGAGCCAGAGAGAGAGGAUGACACAAACUCAGUUGUUUAGCAGUGGGUUAGAGUUGGCAAAUUUCGUGGUGAGCCUUGAUGUCUUGCACGAUGCAUGGACUGCAAUUUGGAGCCUAUACACAGAAAUCAGUCAAAAUGAACGACCAUCUUCCCUCGUGAAAUUCAAAGUUUUUGAGCUACCAAACUGUACCAUCAUAGCUUUUUUCACUUGGCCUGCUAAUAGCAAAGACUAUGUUCAGGGAAAUGGAGGAGGAGAUUUUGUUUCAUCAUCAACUCUUAAGAAGUCUUUUCCUUUCUUCAAUUUCCUGUGCACCAAAGACAACCCAGAGUUCUCCAUUAACAAACCUGCAUUGGAGCUUUUCACCUCCAUUUUUUAUGAGCUCCCGAAAUCUGUGAUGGCCAAUUCCAAACCAUUGAUUAUCACCGGAAACUCUCUGGGAGGAUCUGUUGCCUCUCUCUUCACCUUAUCGCUGCUAGAAAAAUUCAAUUUUUUAACCACCAAACGCCCGCUUUGCAUCACUUUUGGUUCUCCCCUUAUGGGUGAGAAAGGCCUGCAAGAAGCCAUAUCAAAAUACGCAGCAUGGAACUCUUGCUUUUUGCAUGUAGUUUCUAACCAGGAUCCAAUUCCCAGAGUCUUAAUUUCGCAAACCGGUGUUUACAAGCCUUUUGGAACAUUUCUCUUGUGUUCUAAGUUGGGUUGUUCUUGUUUUGAGGACCCUCCAACCAUUUUGGAGUUGUUAAUGGCAACCUAUUCAGGGAAUCCUGAAAAUCAAGAUCCUAAUCUGGUUUUUGAGUCCUAUGGAACAUUUGUGAAGGAUUUCAACCGUAAGGUAAUUUUCAUGGAUACUACAGAGUCAUUUGAUUGGACUACACCACCAUUACGGGCAGCCAUUAUUACACAACUAGCAGCAAUCGGGCUAGCGUCACAACAGCAGCCCCAUAACAUUGACAUCGACACCAUCAUUACAAAGACAGAAAACCAGGAAAAGUUAGCAUUGUUUAAGAAGCAGGUUUUUGAUCCCUCCACGCAGUUGAACAAGGUAAAAGUACAUAUGGCCAACCUAGAAUGGUACAAGAAGGUGGCUAAAGACAAAAAAAUUGGAUACUAUGACAGCUACAAGAAUGUAAGCCACACAAGUGAUCUUGAUGUGGUAAAGGAUAUGAAAACCCUCACAUGUUACUGGGAAGAACUGGUUGAUGAAGCAGAGAAAAGGCCCCAGACAGUAGGCGCCUCCCUUCGAACCCGUUGGCUCUUUGGGGGAACAAAUUACCGAAGGAUGAUUGAACCACUGGACAUAGCUGAUUACUACAACAAGGGAAAAGAAGACUACAGAAAUCAAGGAAGGCCUAAACAUUACAUAAAAUUGGAGCAAUGGUUGAAUGAAACAGCAGAACCUGCAGGUGUUCCAAAUGAAUUGAUGAAACAGAACGUGGUGUCCAUUCUGACGGAGGAUUCUUGCUUUUGGGCACAUGUUGAGGAGGCUCUCAUUUCAUGCAAAUUGCUGACUGGCACAGGAUCAAGUGAGAUGGAGAAACAAUCAUCAAGGGACAGCCUAUUUGAGUUUGAAAACUAUGUAUAUGGUUUGAUUAAAAAUUAUACAGUAUCACCUGAGAUUUUCUUGCGGGGAAGCAGCUUCAUGCAAUGGUGGAGAGAGUAUGAAAAAAUUAUGGGAACUUCUUAUAGUUCAGAUCUCACUAAGCUAAUGAAGGAUUACAAGAAUUACGACAAGUAUGCUACGGGCUCCCUAUAGAUUUUCUGAGAGAUUUCAAUAUCUAUGUCUGCACUUUCCUUCAAACUUGUCUUGCUAUCAAAAGUUCUUCUCCAAUAAAUUAAAUUGUAAAUUGUAAAUUGAGGACAUCAUCUUUUCAAUUAUUAUUAUUACUAAUCAUGGAUUUGCACCA